AUGAAUAAGUUUGCUGUGGUAGAAUUUUUAAAAGAUCAGACUGUAGCGAUUGUACGGGAAAGCUGGAUUGAGAAUUGUGAUAGGGUAAGUAGGAUCAAUAUUUCACUAAAUUAGUUGGACCCACAUCAUAAAUCCAAUAAUGUCCAACAUUUUUUAUUUAGCACUGUAAGUACCUAUUUUGAUCAGUAACAAUUAUUAGUAGUUUUUUUCUAUACAUGCAGGAUUUGUAUUGCUAUUGGCCAAGCAAAAAUGCAAAAAACAAGGUCAUACAGGAUGACCUUCCCGAUAAGGAGAAAUGGAGGAGAUACAAAGUGAGAGUGUUUAUGUACACAUGUGCGUAUAAUUUUAAUUGAUCUUAUUUUGUGUCACAUACAGUGUGUAUCAACGAAAUAUAUAUUCUGGUUUAGCAUGCUUUUGUGUAUGAAUUAGUUAGUGUAUAAACAUCAUUUAUUGAAAAAUGUUUUUGUACUAUGUGGAGAAAAAACGAUGAAAUACGAGCCGGAUGAACAAUUUUGCUCAAAAUUGGAUUUUUUCAUCAGAAAUCAAUUCUGUAUUACUGUGUUUAAACUAAAAUAUAUAUACUUUAGAUCAAAAUGAAGGUUAUUUCUUUAGUCUGUGUGUACAGUGUAGUAUAUAUCAUCAAUAUUUGUGUAUUUUUUCUAUGUGAUUUGUUUAUUUCUGUGUGUGCGUCUUCUCUGACAUAGGUGUAUAAUAAUUGCAUUUUUUAUUAGCUGAUUAUGGGCAGGCAAAAAAGUACCUGAAGAUUGCCGAGGAAACAUCAAAUAUGGAAGAAAGUGAAAGUCCUCCUAAGCGUAAAAGAGUACCAUGUGCACGUUUUCAAGAAAAUUCUGACUCUGAAAUGGGUAAGAAAAAAUUUAAUCAAGAAAGUUUUACAAUAACCCUUUCAGUGGUCAGAACAAAUGAUAGUGGUCGAAUAGUAUGAGCAGAAAAUAGCUUUCAACAUGUUGCCCAUUAUGAAUGCAUACAGUAAUAUAGUACAAAACAUAAUCUGAAGAUUAGAAUCUUGAAUCCCAUAUUUUUACUUAAUAAUAUGACGUGAUAUUUUAUGUCUUUUAGAUGGCGAGGAAAGUGACUGUUCUUUAAACCCCACGAAGAAGAAGAAUGAACAUCGUGAGUCUCAGCAAAGUCUGUCUCUUCCAAAGCCACCAGAAUUUUUGUCAAAUUCCAAAGUGGCUCCAGAACAAAACAAAAAUGACACUACCAGUAAGUAUAUAUUUUUGUGUAUAUUUAUAAAUAUACCGGCUGGUUUGGGCAUGCUGUAUAAACUCCAGCACCUCUAUAUGCCCAUUAGACAUAAUUUUCUGGUUCGCUAUGCUUGUAAAUGAAUACAAACUCUACGUUUCAAUUCGGAAUAUUUAUAUCUUGGGGUCCCCUUUGUUAUGAGCAGAAUGGAGUGAAAAUCAUCUUUAAAUUACAGUUUUCUUUGUUUGUCAAGGUCAAGGAGUUUUUAUUCAGUUUUGUCAGUGUAACUUUUAGUUACCAAUUGUUGUUGUUUGCAGUUAGUUUUUCAACUUGCUGUAAUACAAGAAUGUCUGAUUUCAUCCCAUUCGUUCAUGAUUUACAUAUAUAUUAUAUAUAUACUGUUGAUGAACAAGUUAUCACUGUGCAAAUUGCCUACUAUCUACUAUUAUAUAAAUAAAUAACCUAAUAUAUAUAAAUAAAUUAGAUUUAUAUAAAUUUAAUUUAUUACUGCACAAUUGGUUACCACUGCACCUAAAAUGAGUUAUGGAGCCUUGCAUGGUUCAUUAAGUGCAAUCAUUGUAGUACAGGUAAUUUUGCUCUUACUUUUCAUAUUCUUUAAACAUUCAUACACAGAAAUUUCUGGUAUUUGAAUAAUAUAUUUUUUUAGUAAGUAAUCAUCGUUCAAGAGAAAGUGGUAUUACCUGCUCAAGGCUAACUGUGCCUUCAAGUCCAAUUAGUAUGUAUAAUAUAUAUAUUUUUUGCUUAAGUUUUGUUGAUUAUUGAAAAUAACAUGGGUAUCCAACUAUUAUUGUUGGUGUGUCAUUGGUCGACUGGUGUACCUUAAUUGACAUUUCAAAAUAAAUUUGUCCUGUGUUUAGUAUAAUUAAAGUUUAUUAAUUCAAAUAGAAAGUUGAUUUAAGUGGAAAGUUAAUUGAAGUAGAUAAUUUAAGUAGAAAGUCAGGCCACAUGGGGUAAUUAUCUUCAAAAUUGAAUUUCUUUGAAAAACUACAAGGAUACUAACCAUAGUUUGUUGAAAUUAACUAGCGUACGAGGUGUGUCGUAAUCGCUACAAAGAAUACUUUGAAUUAAAAAUUUUUGUAAUAAAUGCAGACUGUUACAUACAAGAUCUUUUAAAACUCAAUGUUAUCUCACAGGACCUCGCACAAUGUCAAGUACACUUCCUGGUGCAACUUCAAAUUCCUGCAGCAAUGCCAGGAUGCUGUCAAAUUUAUUCCCGACAGAUUCACUGGAGCUAUCGAUUGUUGAGAACAUGGUGGAUCAAAGGUAAUAUUGUAGCUUGUACAGUUUAACAUAAAUAAAUAAAUUACAACUGACUUUUUACAUUAUGAUUCUUUGAAACUGCAUGAUCACAACAGCUUGGCACCCUUAGUAUAGAAUAUGCCGUAUAAGAUUUCAGUUUAAACAAUAUCAUUAUGCAUCUACAGUCAAUUAUAUGCAUAUUUUGACGUCGCGAGAAGUUGUUGAUCACUAUUAAAUUCCUGCAACAGAUAUUCAGGAGUAACAUUGUAAAGGUCUGAUUCAACGAGCGCCUUUUCUCAGCAAAAUGCGAAGAUUUCUCGCGAAAUGAAUUGCCGCAUGUGCAAUGAGGAUACGAUUACUCAUGAGCAACCAUUCAUAUUUUGCCCACACAACUCGAUCCGUCAGACUUUCGCCUAGUAAAAGCGCACGUGGAAUCAGGGCUUAUGCAUUCAAAUCAACAAUGUUUCGAAUUUUAGGCUAAAGGAUGUUCAUUUAAUUAUAUUAUCAAUUUUGCUAUGCGUUCUAGAUCUCCCAGAUUUACAAUCUAUGUUGCCUGAUGAUUUUGGCAGAGGUUUUACUGCCAGUUCGUACAUGACAUCCCGGCCAUCUUCUUUUGCAACUAAUGAUGGUGAGUCCUGUGUUUGCAUGUGUUUUCUGCCGGUGUUGGUUGUACUCUGUUCUAUAAUGUAUAUUGUAAAAAGACUAAUCAUAUUGUAAGUAUUUUAAAAAUAACGCAAAACAUUUGGUUUUCAAAUGUGCUUUCAGAUAACUUACAAAACCGAACGCCGAAUUCAACACCGAAAUCAUCUGGUCGUGGUUUAGCGGAGACAAUUGGAGCUUCUGAAAGACAAGCGUCUAGCCCUGCUGUCCAAAGUGAGUAUUUUUAUUAUUUGGCCAUCCUACGAGUUGCGGACUUUCUCAUGCCUUGCUUUAAUGAUUUCAAUUUUGUAUAGAUUUUCAAAGGUCUGUUCUUGUCAAGCUCGACGCGAUGCUUGCAAACCAGCAGGAAGCCCUGUCCUUGCUGAGGAAAUUGGUGGGUGCAUCGAAAUCGCCAGGUGGUGGUGAGCUGUUGGAGGACGUAAUAAGAAAACAAAUGGACUCCACCGACGAUUUGCAAGCAGUUUGCAACAAGCUAAAUGAGGACGAUUCUUUCAAAGCGAAAAUGGUAAAUAAAAUUUUAAAGUAACUUACUGUACUUUCAUUUUGAAAUCGUCGUCAAUAUGGCAUUUAGUUAUGUUUCCUUUGUCUUACCAUAGGUCAAAGUUUUGUCAGCUUUAAGUGGACAAAAUGUUGGAGACACAACAAGGAGGAUUAUGGCCAAACUGGGCAGCAACAAGUUAUGGUCCCAAUACAGCAUGAAAGGGAGAAAAGGAAAGCUGGCAUUUGACAAACUUUCGUUGUGUGGGGUUAUAAAAAGUAUGUAUCCAUGCACGUUUCUUUUUACAGUUGAACUGUGUUGGCCACUAUACCAUAGAAUACAUCAUCAAUAUUUGUGUAUUUUGUCUAUGUGAUUUGUUUAUUUCUGUGUGUGCGUCUUCUCUGACAUAGGUGUAUAAUAAUUGCAUUUUUUAUUAGCUGAUUAUGGGCAGGCAAAAAAGUACCUGAAGAUUGCCGAGGAAACAUCAAAUAUGGAAGAAAGUGAAAGUCCUCCUAAGCGUAAAAGAGUACCAUGUGCACGUUUUCAAGAAAAUUCUGACUCUGAAAUGGGUAAGAAAAAAAUUAAUCAAGAAAGUUUUACAAUAACCCUUUCAGUGGUCAGAACAAAUGAUAGUGGUCGAAUAGUAUGA